GGACGUGGUGCAUCUCGAGGAGAGCUGUUGAGCGGGCGACGCUGUUUGCCUCUCCCCCCCGUUCCCCCAGCCGUCGGCUGCGGGAGACCGGUGACUUGCCGGCGCCGUUGGAAGAGGCGGGGCUUUGCACAAGCAGCAGCCCCUUGUACAAGGCAGCCGUUGCACUCCCGGAUCGUCCUGUCGGUGCAAGGAAGCUGGGAGAGUGGGCAUAGCUGGCAGACCCAGCUCUUCAUGAUUUAACACUUUCUGACAAGACACUUAAAGAAGGAAUGGCAGAGAAAGAGAACAAUUUCCCCCCACUUCCUAAAUUUAUCCCGCUGAAGCCGUGCUUCUACCAGAACUUCGCCGAUGAAAUCCCAAUUGAUUACCAGACACUGGUGAGAAGGAUCUAUCGCUUGUGGAUAUUUUACUGCAUCACCUUGAGUUGUAACCUCAUUGCUUGUCUGGCUUGGUGGAUCGGUGGUGGAUAUGGUUCCAAUUUUGGCUUGGCAAUUCUUUGGCUUCUCCUCUUCAGCCCCUGUAGUUAUGUCUGUUGGUUCCGGCCAGUCUACAAAGCCUUCCGGAAUUGCUCGAAGGCCUUGACAGGUUCAGCUGUCCUUUUCUGCAUCGUUUCUGUGGUUCACCGGAUCUACCGUAGUGGAGGCGGAAGCUUGCAGAAAGCCCAGAACGAAUGGCAGAAUGGAUCGUGGAAAGAUCCUCCAAGCAGGGAAGCACAGCACAGCAACUUUUCAGGAAACAGCCUCCCUGAAUAUCCAACCGUUCCCAAUUACGGAAACCCUUGGUCCUGAUCCUGGCCUGCUGUUGGGGUUGCCGAAGUAGUUUGGUUUGAGUUGUUGCAAGAAACACAUUGCGUUCCUCAUUUGAGUCUCUCUCUCUUUCUCUCCUUCUCUCCCUCUUUCUCUUUUUCCUUUAGGGGUGGGUGCUCUUCCUUCCCCUAACCAUGGUUUUAUUUAUGGUUCUCCUUUUAUGAUGGCAGCGGCUUUCCCCUGAAGAUUUUGGGAAAGUGACUUAAACUUUUCUUGCCUUUUCCCUGUUUUUGAGCGUGCUCGUGUGCUAAUCCUGACUCCCUGUACCUUUGGGGAUCCUGCAGCUCAAGAGAUUGUUGUGAAAGGAAACGUGUGAUAGUGUGAUAGGCACAAAGGGCAGCUUGCUCAUGACGAUAACUAUUUUUUAAUGUUUGCUGCUAUCAGAGCAGGAGUUUUGUAACUGAAUCUUUCUCCCAGGAAAAUAAUUCCUGGAAAUAGAAAGUUAGCAGCAUGGUUUAAUCUUCUCACGGAACUGCUAGCUUUCCGUAUUGGGAGAACUGUAUUAAUUAAGGGGGAAUUAAUUCAAAUGUGGCCCCUGCUCUCCUAAAAUAGGACCCAUUUUCUGGAAGUUUCGACCUGUUAACAGGUAUUUGUUUUGCUUAUUUGUUUUGCUCAGAGUGUUUUGCUUUAUGCUCUCUUCCUCCUACCUUGCUGGCUAUUAACUUGCUUGCUAAAAUAGAAACUUUGACAGUGACUAUGAUCUGGCCUGAGCCUGUCCCUCUUGGGGGGGAAAAAUUCCCAUAAUUAAACCACAGAACUUUUUUCAUUGCUGGUACUGACAGAUCAAAUUCUGUUUACAUAUUCCACUUUACCUCAAAGCGGAUGGAUGAGAAUCCACGCAGUGUCAAGACCCCACAAUCGGGCGGCAUCUACAAGUAUUUCUUUCCUCAGAUUAUUUUUUGUGGGGUGUCUUAAUAGCCGCUAAGUGCAAGUAGACUUGCCUUUCUCAACCUUGGCAACUUUUAAGAGGUGUGGACUUCAACUUCCAGAAUUCCUCAGCCAGCCAGUGCUGGCUGGGGAAUUCUGGGAGUUGAAGUCCACACCUCUUAAAAGUUGCCGAGGUUGAGAAACAUCGCUUUGGCUGGGCAAGUUUGACAUUUCAACAGUUCUCCUCUAUCUCUUCCACAACUUUCCAAUGGUCUUGGGUCUCCUAUGCCUUUGGGGGCACCCUGUUCAGUCAGUGCUCCUCUUCUCACCUGUGUGAAGCCUAAUUCUGGCAUCCUGGGCGGUAAAAUCCUCCUCAGAACCUGAGCCAAUUCCUUGCCCAAGGAGGCUUUCUGGAAGGUACCAGUUAUUGUGCUACCUCAAGCAGUCUUGCCCAAUCUGAUCCAACAAAUUGGGGCAACAGCGCCCAGCUAUCUCAGCUAUGCUGGUAAGGAAUUUCAUGGCUUUUAUGCUUCCCAUAUAUCUGAAAGUGGCCAGAUGUGGCCAGGCUGCCUCAAAGCAUUCAGACUCCGAAAGCAAGACAGCUGUCCGUUAAGUCAUCUGGACCUUACCCCUCAUCCAGCAAUUAGGUGCCUUUUCAAACCAUUGCAUUUAUUUGCUUUCUGAGGAGAAGGCUUGUCCUGUUCUCCCCACCCACCCCCUUUCUUCUUUACAAAAUACAUUAUUUUGGGGGGAAAUGAUGUGGGUUUAUUAAAAAAAAAAAAGUGAAAAAGCACCUCGAGACAGAAGGGAGAAUAGGGAUAGGACAGAGAAGUGGGUUGUAAUAUGUGCCUUAUUAUCCAAUUUUACCUACUUUGGUCUGUUUCCCUCCGCCCCCAAAUCUCAGCAUAUAUUUUUUUUUGUCAUAUUUAGUGACCCUGGAGGGAUUCCCCUCUUGGUUCAUUGGAAGACUGCCUGUUUUGUAAAUACGAGGGCCAAGUGCUCCCACUCAAGGAUAUGUUAAGUGAGCCAAAGAAAACGAAAACUGCUAAUGCUAGAGGCCAAAAACCUCUACUGGCCUUUCUUUGGGAACAGAUUCGUGAAAAUGAGCCUCUUUCUCUCUCUCUCUCUCUCUCUUUCUCCUUGUGAGAUUUCUUGAUACAUUCCAGAUGUGGGCUUUGAAGAAAAAAACCCCCAGCACCUGCCAUUUUAAAAUGCAUUACACUUGUUCCAAAGUGCCAGAGAGCCGCCCGCUUUAAAAUUGCAUCGCUGACAUCACACCGUUGCAUUGCAUGAGCUUUACUUCCUCUGCCUUUGCCUUAAUUGCUUUAAAAAAAUAGCCCAGAGGGGGAAAUGCUGCCUAGCUAAUAGCUACCCUGCAGGGUUCCUGUUGUAGACAGGCCCCAUCUCUCAGAGGAGCCCCCUGCUAAACAUUUCCUCAGUACCACCAGUUUUUUUUUUUUUUAAAUACUCUGCACUUUUGGACUUCCCAGUUUGGCUGCUGAGAAGAUAAAUGAGCUGACUGGUUCUUGAAACUCAGGAUACCCAGGCAGGCAACUCCUGGGUACAAGGCUGCCUUAAAAGCAUCUUGGUGGACUCCGGGAUGGAGGGCCGUUUUCUCAAAAGCGGGGCGAGGUGGGACCAGACUUCUUGCCAAAUUGGGGAGGGGUUGCGUUCCUUCUGCAGGAGUCAGCAAAGACCCCCUCGAGUUCUCCUUUAACACCAGUUAAACAGCAGUAGCAGCAGCAAAUUUUGCUCCUGUUGGGUUGUUUUGCAGAAGGGGGAGUGGGCUUGUAGUGCAGGCCAGCUGUUCCCUGGGUACCUAGCGGGAAUUCUAAUACCAGAGAAGAAAAUGCCCUAGAUGAGAUCUGCAAAAUCAAAUUAUCCAAGCAGAAAAUUGUGGUCAGGGGCCUUGGCAAGCAUUUGGGUGAGGGUAUCUUGCGGGACCACCUCGUUUCUGUGCCAUGGCUCUGCCCACUCCAGGAACCCCGCCAACCAUUCAUCUCCUGCUGCAGUUUCUGCUUUGGUGUUCUUAGCUCUCCUCCUCAAAUCACGCUGUCCUUCAGAACAACGUUUUGAGAACUGAAUCGCUUGCCAAUGUAUCAUGUCCGCCAUUGUCUUAAUAUAAUGUACUUAUAUAACACUUAAAUUUUUUGUAAAUGUUUACAUUAUUCCCAAGGGAACUGAUAACAUGGUUUUGGGUCAAGAGAUAAAUGUUGUGGAGAAUUAACAUUACUAUUCUUAUUCUGCAUCAUGUUGUAGAUUAUUUGUUUGCAUUGUGAUGUGGUGUGUUAUUUCAUUCAGGGGUUUUUUUUUCCCUUUAAAAAUAAAUGAAGCUUGGCUACUGGAAGUAGAA